CAACAUCGCGAUACCGCAGGUGGAUAUCUAAAACACAUACGAUACCACAACAGAUCACGCAUCGCAUACCUCAAACACAAACAGCAUCGUCUACCAUGUCGGUCUAUCAGAAAAUCUUCCAGGCAACUACCCGUAGGGCCGCGGCCUCGGCGGCAUUUAGCGCGGGCAACAUCGCCAAGUCCGCAAAAUCCUCGGUCCCCAAAAUGGCAAUCUGGGCGGUCCCGGGUGGGGUCGCCGCCUCCUGGUUCAUCUUUGGCGCCCUUACGGACGAGAUCAAGGAGAGCCUKGGWAUGUACUACGAUCCUCUCGCGGACGUCAACCGCGUCGAAAUGGAGCGSGUGAAGCGCAUGGACGAGCGGGAGGCGAUCAAGGCCGCCAAGGCAGCCGCGAAGGCCAGUAGCAGCGGUGGGGACGACGACGAGGAAGACGACGACGANGUACAAUACAUCUCUAUGAAGGAACACCCAAUAGGGAACCAGGCAAAGCGAUUGAUAACCAAUAGGAACGAAUCUCGAUUGCAUUAUCAUUGCCUAUUAGAACUAUUAGAAUAGAACAACAUCGCGAUACCGCAGGUGGAUAUCUAAAACAC